AUGCUCUCCGCCGUCAAAGCAAAUAAAACGACACAGUUGGAGACUGAUUUAAAUCAAAGGAUUACUUUUCUUUCUUGGACAUAUUUCCCGAGGACGAAUUCUUUCUACAAGGCAAUCGAUCGAAAUUUCGAACAUAAUAAGGCUGAAGCGUUUUGUGUGGAACGGGAUGGCCAUUUGGCGUCAAUUCACAGUCAGGAGGAGAACGAUUUCGUUUGGGGACUCGCAAAAGAUCUCGACUCACGCAAUGGAUUCUGGAUCGGACUACAGAGAAAUCCGAGAAAAAAAUUUGCUAUCGAAUGGACAGACGGAAGUGCUGUGGAUUUUGCGAAUUGGCAUGACGAAGAGCCGGACCGGCGAUUGCAAGGCAAAGUGAGAUUUCCAUCGCGGAGUUUG